CGGACCCACUAUGAGAAUUUGUUGAAAAAUAACGAUUCUUUAAGAGAAUUCAUUAUUUUGGUGGACCCACUAUGGGAGACCGCUAAAGAUAACGAUUCUCUAAAAGAAUUCAGAAUUCGUUAUUUGGCAGACCCACUAUGGGAGACCGUUAAAGAUAACAAUUCUCUAAGAGAAUUCGUUAUUUUGGCAGACCCACUAUGGGAACCUGUCAAAAAUAACGAUUCUCUAAGAGAAAAUCAUUAUUUUGGCGAAUUCUCUAUAGAAACUUGCCAAAUUUAA